CGGGUGCCGUCUCCUCUUCCUCCAUAGCAACGGAUUCCAGCAUCUUGUCCACCUCCGAAGAUAGACACAAAAAGCUGGAGUAACUCAGCGGGACAGGCAGCAUCUCUGGAGAGAAGGAAUGGGUGACGUUUCGGGUCGAGACCCUUCUUCAGUGUGCCAUCUCCAAUGUGCGUUUGUCCUCACUGACAACGGAGGAGGCCCAGGACAAGUUCAAGUUCAUUGUCAUGUGUCCCUGAUAGGACAAUGAAACUCUUGCUUUGCUUCAGCACACAGAACAUAAUAGGCAUUGACUACAAUACACAUGAAUAAAUAAACUGAUAAAGUGCAAAAUGACAGAAAGGUGUGACCACCCCUCUGUAACUCCUAUCUACGAUGCUCUCAUUCUUCCAGAUGAUCCUGAGUUCAUCCAGUUCCCUCAUGAAAUCAGUCAAGAGGAAGUGAAGGGAUUUUCCAUGUUGAAGGUUCUUUGUGAGGGUGCAGCUCCCUCUGCUGAGCAAACAAAGUGUAAAUGGAGAAUGCUCACAAUACAUAGAUACAAAAUACUGGAAUAACUCAGCGGGACGAGGCAGCAUCCCUGGGGAGAAGGAACGGGGAGCUUUCUUCAGACUGAAAAUAGAGAUGAGGGAACUGGAGGAGGGGCCAGCGACUGCAAUAUAAGGAGGUCGGUGUGGCACAGUUAGUUCACAUCUUAUUUGGAGCAUCAGCGACAUCAGAAUCCACGGCGCCCGAGUUGAAGCCAGAAGCCGCUGCCUGCGAAAAUCAACGAUGGAAAACGGCAGAGACCUGUACCACACUGAUGUGAAGAAGCUGGAUGAUUUCAUUAAAACAAACUUGGAGCCCAGCGGGUUCAAUGUCGGCAUGAAGGAAGCCGUGAACAGAAUCUGCGAGUUUUUAAGGAACCAAUGUUUCAUGAAUCAACCCAACAUUAGUGUCAUCAGAGCCGUGAAGGGUGGAUCAUCGGGAAAAGGAACAGCUUUAAGAAAUAGUUCGGAUGCCGAUCUUGUCAUCUUUCUCAGUUGCUUCAAAAGUUUCCAGGACCAGAGAGACAACAGGCAGGAAGUUCUGGAGGAAAUUCGGAAAAUGCUGGAAAAAUGCUCUGGAAGCCUUGCAUAUGGGAUUCAUGAUAUUCAAAUCACGAUAGGUUCAAGCGAUAACCCACCCAAAUCUAUGAGCUUCACAUUGCAAUCGAAAAAGAGUUCAGAGCGUGUGGAAUUUGAUGUUCUGCCAACCUAUGAUGCAUUAACACCACAGUGCAAUACCAGUGAUGCGCAUCUCAAGUUGAUCAAUUUUGUAAAUGAAAAUGAGGUCAUGGAUGGAGAAUUCUCUCCCUGCUUCACUGAACUUCAGAGAAAAUUUGUGAAACGGCAUCCGGCAAAAGUUAAAGACUUGAUCCGUCUGCUGAAAUAUUGGUACAAGGAGUGUGUCAAGCCACGGAAAUCGGAGUUGAGUGGUGGAGCACGGCUCCCUGCAAAAUAUGCGGUGGAGCUAUUGACAGUCUAUGCCUGGGAACAAGGUAAUCAUCAGGAGAGGUUUGAUACUGCCCAAGGGUUCCGCACAGUCCUGGAGUUGAUCUGCCGCUAUCAGGAAGUCUGCAUCUACUGGACAGAGUUCUAUGAUGUCAACAAUCCAACCUUGGCCGACUUUUUAAUCAGGAAGCUCCAUGGCAAGGGAACAUUCAUUCUUGACCCAGCCGAUCCAACUGGAAACGUGGCUUCAUCAGGUAGUUGGAAUGUGAUGCAGCAUGAAGCCAAGAAAUGUCUAAGCAUGCCCUGUGUCAUGAACGUCCAAGCUUGGGAUGUCCAGCCAGUGAAGACAUUUCAAAUCACUGUGACCAGCCUGGGUGGUAAAUCGUUACAACUACAGGCCAACAUUAAUCUCAAGGUCUCUGAGAUCAAACGCAACAUUCAGCAAAAUUGGAACACUCCAGUCUCCCAGCAACGCCUGUUAUUCAAUGGCACCAUUUUAGCCAAUGGCAAAACCUUGUUGGAUUCCAGGAUCUUCUUUGAUACAACGAUCCAGCUACUCAUGAUAAACACAAUGGAAAUAUUUGUCUAUUCCAAUGGGCGUCAUCUGACUAUUCAGGUUUCACCAAGCGACAAGGUUUCAAGUUUAAAAAAUAAGAUUGAAUCUCUGGAGCGUAUCCAACCAAGCCAGUACUACUUGACCUUUCAAUCUCAGCCACUUGAAGAUAAACGUACACUUGAAUCUUACGGCAUUGAGCAACAUUCUACCAUCCAAGUCAACCUGCGAGUGCGUGGUGGCAGCGAACUCCAAUGUUUUAAUGCAGAGGAUCAUAGAGGUCGGUGCGGCACAGUUAGUUCACAUCUUAUUUGGAGCAUCAGCGACAUCAGAAUCCACGGCGCCCGAGUUGAAGCCAGAAGCCGCUGCCUGCGAAAAUCAACGAUGGAAAACGGCAGAGACCUGUACCACACAGAAGCGAAGAAGCUGGACGAUUUCAUUAAAACAAAGUUGGAGCCCAGCGGGUUCAAUGUCGGCAUGAAGGAAGCCGUGAACAGAAUCUGCGAGUUUUUAAGGAACAAAUGUUUCAUGAAUCAACCCAACAUUAGUGUCAUCAGAGCCGUGAAGGGUGGAUCGUCGGGGAAAGGAACAGCUUUAAGAAAUAGUUCGGAUGCCGAUCUUGUCGUCUUCCUCAGUUGCUUCAAAAGUUUCCAGGCCCAGAGAGACACCAGGCAUGAAAUCCUGGAGGAAAUUCGGAAAAUGCUGGAAAAGUGGUCCAGGAGCCUUGCAUAUUCGAUUCAUGAUAUUCAAAUCACGAUAGGUUCAAGCGAUAACCCACCCAAAUCUUUGAGCUUCACAUUGCAAUCGAAAAAGAGGUCAGAGAGUGUGGAAUUUGAUGUUCUGCCAACCUAUGAUGCAUUAACAUCAGAGUGCAAUUUCAAAGAUGCGCAUCUCGAGUUGAUCAAUUUUGUAAAUGAAAAUGAGGUCAUGGAUGGAGAAUUCUCUCCCUGCUUCACUGAACUUCAGAGAAAAUUUGUGAAACGGCAUCCGGCAAAAGUUAAAGACUUGAUUCGUCUGCUGAAAUAUUGGUACAAGAAGUAUGUCAAGCCACGGAAAUCGGAGUUGAGUGGUGGAGCACGGCUCCCUGCAAAAUAUGCGGUGGAGCUAUUGACAGUCUAUGCCUGGGAACAAGGUAAUCAUCAGGAUACGUUUGAUACUGCCCAAGGGUUCCGCACAGUCCUGGAGUUGAUCUGCCGCUAUCAGGAAGUCUGCAUCUAUUGGACAAUGUUCUAUGAUGUCAAGAAUCCAACCGUGGCCGACUUUAUAAUCAGGAAGCUCCAUGACAUGGGAACAUUCAUUCUUGACCCAGCCGAUCCAACUGGAAACGUGGCUUCAUCAGGUAGUUGGAAUGUGAUGCAGGAUGAAGCCAGGAAAUGUCUAAGCAUGCCCUGUUUCAUGAAGGUCCAAGCUUGGAAUGUCCAGCCAGUGAAGACAUUUCAAAUCACUGUGACUGACCUGGGUGGUAAAUCGUUACAACUAAAGGCCAACAUUAAUCUCAAGGUCUCUGAGAUCAAACGCAACAUUGAUCAAACUUGGAACGCUCCAGUCUCCCAGCAACGCCUGGUGUUCAAUGGCACCAUUUUGGAUGAUGGCAAAACCUUGUUGGAUUCCAGGAUCUUCUUUGAUGCAACGAUCCAGCUACUCAUGCUAAACACAAUGGAUAUAUUUGUCAAUUCCAAUGGGCGUAAUAUGACAAUUCAGGUUUCACCAAGCGACAAGGUUUCAAGUUUAAAAAAUAAAAUUGAAUCUCAGACACACGUCCAACGAAGGCAGUACUACUUGACCUUUCAAUCUCAGCCACUUCAAGAUGAACAUACACUGCAAUCUUACGGCAUUAAGCAACUUUCUACCAUCAUAGUCAACCUGCAACUGCAGAGUGGCAGCAAACUCCAAUGUUUUAAUGCAGAGGAUCAUAGAGGUCGGUGCGGCACAGUUAGUUCACAUUUUAUUUGGAGCAUCAGCGACAUCAGAAUCCACGGCGCCCGAGUUGAAGCCAGAAGCCGCUGCCUGCGAAAAUCAACGAUGGAAAACGGCAGAGACCUGUACCACACAGAAGCGAAGAAGCUGGAUGAUUUCAUUAAAACAAACUUGGAGCCCAGCGGGUUCAAUGUCGGCAUGAAGGAAGCCGUGAAGAGAAUCUGCGAGUUUUUAAAGAACCAAUGUUUCAUGAAUCAACCCAACAUUAGUGUCAUCAGAGCCGUGAAGGGUGGAUCGUCGGGGAAAGGAACAGCUUUAAGAAAUAGUUCGGAUGCCGAUCUUGUCGUCUUCCUCAGUUGCUUCAAAAGUUUCCAGGCCCAGAGAGACACCAGGCAUGAAAUCCUGGAGGAAAUUCGGAAAAUGCUGGAAAAGUGCUCCAGGAGCCUUGCAUAUUCGAUUCAUGAUAUUCAAAUCACGAUAGGUUCAAGCGAUAACCCACCCAAAUCUUUGAGCUUCACAUUGCAAUCGAAAAAGAGUUCAGAGAGUGUGGAAUUUGAUGUUCUGCCAACCUAUGAUGCAUUAAGUCCACUGACAGGGACUGGCGUGAAGAAUCAGGUCUAUGAAGGUCUCAUUGCUACCGGAGAACGUGGGGGAGAAUUCUCGACAUGCUUCACCGAACUCCAGAGGAACUUUAUAAAGACUCGACCCACUAAACUGAAAGGCCUUAUCCGACUUGUGAAGUAUUGGUAUACUGAGUAUGUCCGUCGCCCCUACAAAAGCCAACUGAGAACCGGAGAGUAUUUACCACCGAAGUAUGCUCUCGAGCUGCUGAUCAUCUAUGCAUGGGAGAGCGCUGGGAAGGGGGUAAAUUUCAACACCGCGGAAGGAUUUCGCACCGUUCUGGAACUGAUUGUCCAGUACGAAGACCUUUGGAUAUUUUGGACCGAAAACUACAACUUUGACUCUGACAUCAUUGGCAGAUUUCUGAAAAACAAACUUAAAGAACCUAAGCCAAUGAUCCUCGACCCCGCAGAUCCAACAGGUAACGUUGCUGCAGCAGCGAGAUGGGAUCUAGUGGCAGAAGAGGCCGAGAGAUGUUUACAGCAGAACUGUGUGCUAAAUGUAUACUCCUGGAAUGUUAAGCCUGUGAAGAGUAUAUCGGUUCCUGGGGAUUGCUUGCCAGUUCCUUUGGAUGUCAACCCUUUCUACACCAUUACACAAAUUCAACGAGAAGGUGCGACACAAACUGGAAAAUCCAAUAGUUACCCGGAAUGGAAUGACAACAUGUUGCAGAAUACACGCGCCCAAGACACCAGUUGGUGCACCUUGCUGUAACAAAAUGAUUUGCGCAAGGAAUCAAUACUGGAGCAUUGGAGAGAGAUGUCGAAAUGGCAAUCGCCGCAAAUCACUGUAAACAUAUUUAUCUGAAAUGUAAUUCCUAAUCGUAUUUCACAGAAUUAUCCAACAUAUUUAACUGAUGAUUUUUGGUGUCAAGUUGAUUAUCACUAUUUCUGACUGGGAAUCUUGUGCGGGAGUGGUGAACCAAGACGCAUUCUUCCUGUAGCAGAGAGGAUUAAGGGGAGACUUGGUAAAAGGGGUGCACUUCUGAAAGGGUGAAAGUGAAUGGGAAGGGGGUUGCUAAUCAAUGCCACUUUGUAAUGUCACCGAAUGUACCGAGACACAGAUUCAUUUUUGUAAACAGAUGGCAUGGUGGCGCAGCGGUAGAGUUGCUGCCCUACAGCACCAGAGUCCCGGGUUCGAUUCUGACCACGGGUGCUGCCUGUACGGAGUUUGUACCGCACGUGCCUUCUCUGGGUGCUCCGGUUUCCUCCCACACUCCAAAGAUGUAUAGGUUUGUAAGUUGAUUGGCUUUGGUAAAAGGUGGUAUGUAGGUUAGUGCUACUGUACAAAGAUAGGUGUUCGGCACGGACUCGAUGGGCCAAAGGGCUUGUUGCCGUUUGGCCCAGAGAUUAGUUUAUGUUGGCGUCAUGUUCGACAUGGGCAUUGUUGGCUAAAAUGCCUAUUCCUAUGCAGUACUGUUCUACACUCCAUGCUCGGACUCUUAACGGCCUGUCCCAUUUUCACGACUCCUGCCGAGUUUGCCUUUGACUCAUACUCGCAGCAUGGUCGUCACGAGAACGUAGGCAGGCCGUGAUGCUUGGCGUAGGUACUCGUGGCGUCAAGCAGGUCGGGGCGUUUUUCUAGCAUGAUGAAAAAUAUCCACGAGUAAAAAAGGUCGGGAAUUAAGUCGUGAAAGUGGGGCAGGCCCUUUAGAUGGAAGAGAUUUAAAAUCAUUUUAUCAAUGAAUGAAAUUAUUCAGCAAAUGGUGGAAAUCUAGUGGUACUAAAUUUGCAGAGUCCACAUACUUGGCUUCAGUGUGAUGGGCCAAAAAGAUUUUAUAUAAUCUCAUUUAUAAUCUAUAAUUACUGCCCCAAACAACGAAUAAAAUAUUUGCUAAUUAUUUAGUGUUGUUUUAAACUGUUACUGCUGCAUUAAAUAAAGUCAUUUCUAUUGCAAAGGCUUUGUUGGAUAUUUGUGUCAUUCACAGCCUGGAGCCGUGGUGGAUGGUAAGAAACAUAAUACAAAAUAACCAAUGGUACCUCGUUCUCGCCUCUCCAUCUUUUGCAAAUCCAUCUGCUCAUGCCGGGACUAUCAGACCGUCACAAUGUGUUCAACAAUCAUUGUUUGGUCUAGAAUUAGAGAGUGAU